GAAGCAUGUCGUACGCCAGCUGUUAAGCACCACCAACGCGGUACACCCGGCAUGCUGCGAUCGAUCGUGGUUGAACGUUGUGCUGUGUGGCACGCUCAGCUGGCCCACUUCGAGCAGUUUCACGAUAGCACUGGUAGGACCAGUCUGCAAGGUUUCAGCUGGUAGUUUCACCCUUCAUAGCUCGUGUUUCAUCAGCGAACCAAUCGUGUAUGCUAUAGCAACUAGCAAGUACUCCUCACAGUCAAACAAGCGCGCACAAGCACAAAAACAACUUACUCAUUCGCUGGAGUUCGAGAAGCUCACCUGGCGUGUUUUCAACUGGUAUCCGCAACCUUGGUUGUUGGUUUCGGUAUCGUUUGCAAUAGUCAAACGUCAAGUGAUACUAUUGUGGAAAUAUUUGGCCUUUGUUUCUGCACCGUAAUUGCGCUUGCUGCAGAGACAGUCGUUGUGAAUUUUCUUGCUGGAUUUGUAAUUGCGGAUACGCGGAUGAUUGAGUGGAAUGCCAUCAUGGAAACCGCCUACCGCAGCGGAUGUGACUAGCACCGUCCCGCUGACCUUUAUUAUUUCUGGAUAUAACGCGCACAAUCACACUGCCAAGAUGAGUACCUGGGAUGAACUGUUCCAGACUCUCCAGUCCUCUUCCGCCACCAUCGCCCCGAAACCCACCGUGCCUACGAGCAUGACGAACGGCGUUGUGCCGUCGCCAUCCUCCGCUCCCACCUUCGUCAACAUUCCCAUUCCCGCGGCAUUUGCCCGUUACCAGAUCAGCGCCUUGAACGGUAGCAGCACACUAAAUAGUUCCCAAGGAACUAGCAAGGACACAGAUGAUCUCCCCGACGACACCCUGGCGCCCUUCAUCCGACCGCGUUUGUCCACGUGGGGAUCGACCAUCUCCGAUUCCAGCUGCUCCGGCAUGAGCACGGUGUCCUCUGCCAGCAAUCUCCAUGCGGGACCAUCGCGGCGAAGAGGGAAAGCUGUGCAGCAGACACCCGUCGACCGCACUAUCAGCUCACCGGCCGCCGUGUCCAGUGCCCCGGCCUCGAAACGGCGCUAUACUUGCCCGAGUUCCACAUUUAAGCGGCACUGCCAGAAGAUCAGCGACGUGGAGUCGGACAUCAGUGACAACGAGACGGAAUCUUUUCCCUCGCGUGAUACACCCAUGGAGACGGAUGUGAACGGUGUCGCCGCCAAGGAUUUGGCAGUCUGCUCCAAAGCCACUCGCCUGGGACAUCUCGAGCUGAAAAUCGUCCGCCAGCCGGAAAAUCAUCAUCGCGCCAGGUACCAGAAAGAAGGUAGCCGCGGUUGCAUAAAGGAUCGCACCGGGAACUCAUGCCCUGCGGUGCAGCUGACCGGAUAUACAGGCAGUGGUGCGAUCAUUCAAGCGUUUAUCGGUACCGAAAGUGGCCCCGUACGACCACAUCCCUUGUACCGUGUGUGUAAAGUCGGCGGGAAGCACAGCACGCCCUGCCGUGAGCGCAACCUAGAAGGAAGCAUUUAUGCGCUGGAAAUGGAUCUUUUACGGGAAAACGGUUAUUUGUUAAGUGUGGAUUGUCUGGGCAUCAUGAAACUGCGCAAUGCGGACUUCGAGCAGAUUGCCGAUGCCGAGGAGCUGGCGAAGAGGCGCAAACGCAGCCCGAAAGUGCGUCUAAUAUUUCGCUGCGUCGUUAAAAUGCCCGAUGGGACUAGCGAAUCCCUCCAAGUGGCGUCCACACCCAUCUGCUGCACUCCGUCGCCGGGUGUACCGGAAAUCCAUUUCAUCUCGCACACCUCCGCGCCUGUAUCGGGUGGCGUUGACAUUGUUAUUAUUGGCCGAAAUUUUGUGAAGGAUGAUAGUAAAAUUUGGAUUUUGGAGAAGAACGACGAUGAGGGAGUAAUUUGGGAACGGGAAGUGCCGUUGUUAAUGGAGAAUUUCAAUCAGGUCCAUCUGGUGGGUUCGGUCCCGCCAUACAAAGAUCUCACCAUUACCAAACCAGUAGAAAACCUGAGCUUGGUGGUGCGCAAUAAAGGCGGCAAGCAGAGUGAGCCGCACUCUUUUAAAUACACUCCAGAUGAAUCGAUUAUGCGGCAUUUCUCCCGUUCCCGCUCCGUCCCGGGCCCAGUCCCGCCGCCAUUGACCCUAUCAGCGUCUUCCUCGUUAAGCAGCGCGUCACUGGCGUCGUUAGAGUCGAAGGAAUCAGCCGGCAAUGCCACACCGACAUCCUAUCAUAACCACAACGGCCUGAUGCACUCGCCGCCGGUCCACCCACCGACCAGCUCAGCUUCCCUGGCCACGCCACCGGCCAACAAUCCCAAUAGCUCUUUCCAGUACUGUAUUCAGUUACCGGGCUCCAACCAGCCCAUCUAUAUCACUAUUCCGCAGACAGCUAGUGGCAUGCAGACGUCCACGACCGAUACGUACCAUAAUGUCCAUGCUGGACGUGCAGGUACGACAUCGGUGGCUUCCGCACAUGCAAACGCUCAUCCUGGCAGCAACGUUGUCACCGUGGAUCUCAGUCAGUUGCCGAUGCCGGGCAACAAUGAUCCCAUGCUGAGCACCGGUUGUGCUCAGUCACCGCAGAGUUUCUACACCGACCAAAUGAACGCCUCACCUAGCAUGAUAGGGGAAAACGGAGCGGCUAUGACCGAUGAGGAUUUGUUCAAUGAACUCCUCCGGGAUAUUUUGGGUCCUUCGGAGGACCAAGACAUGAAUGGUUUCGGUGACGGGAAUGAGCAGGCAGCACUAGCUGCGGCAUCCUUAAGCGCGCUGGACAUCAACUACGAGAUGCGCGGCAAUGGACAGUACCGGCCAACGGGAAAUCGAGAAGGGAAACCGUACUAAGCUUGCUGCACGCUGCGUCGUGUGCGCAGUGAUUGGGCGGCUGCCCGAGAGGCCGAGGAGAUUUUGUGAAGGUGCAUUUCUUGGCGGUGAAGGAAGAGGAACGGUGGGGAAAUAUAUUUCGGAAUUAUUAUUCUACUUUUUGUUGGUGUUUAACAAACAAAUUAUGGAAUUGAAGCGGGAAUGUGAUCAACUACAGUUUUGCUUGGAAUUAUUAGUGACUUUAUAGAAUUUGUUCUUGGAUAAGUGGUUGUUUUGUUUUUGUGCGGUGGAACUACGAAUUUUGGAUGUAGAUUUUCGCAGUUUUUUGUUAUAAUCUGGUGAAAAUGAAGUGAUGGGGCAAAAUUCAUUUUUGAUGGUAAUCAGUUUGAUGGAAAAUGCGAGAUUCGAAUUUAUGGCAUUGGCGGUCAUUAAAAAUUGGUCAUGU